AUGGAGACCGAGGAUCGCGAUGUCAGCCCGGCUUCCAUAUCGCCCGGGUCGAGCCAGCCUCGUACGCCCGCGCCGCCUUCGAUCGACACGCAAGGACUCGCACAGGGUUUACAUAUCAGACAAGCCUACGAUGGAGCUGCUUCCCCUCGCAUGUUCCUCUCUGCCCACGCCGGUGACGGCUUCCCUGCCUUUCAACCUCCCCCUCGUCGGACGUCCCAGCCAGGAUCACCCGUGACAGAAUCAAAGCGACCCAGCUUGUCAGUCCAUACGGGCACGCGCUCGCCAAGAGCUUAUCAUCCACCCUCGAUGGGUCCGAGGCGGGUCUCCGACCCUUCAUCUUCAGGGUACUUGUCACCCGAGAUGGUGUCCCCAACGGCAGAGACGAGCAGGAAGGCUAGCGAGCGCUUCACGACUACGCUCAUCUCACAACUCAAAAAGAUUGAACGCGAUAGUCUCAGACGGGGUGCAGUGAGGCGAGGGAGGAGAAGGAGUGGGACUUAUAGAUAUGGACAGAGAGACGAGCUAGGUAUACCCAGAAGAGUGUGGAAUGUCGUUCUUGCCUUGCUCUCUGCGACCUUCAUGGUCGAUGAUCAGGUCGCGCACAAGAGACUCAUGUCCGUCUCUGAGCUCGACGAGCUCGAACAAGAGGAGCCAGAUACGCCUACAGGCUCGAACAAGGGACGGAUACUUCGCAGAGCCUCUCGCUGGAUGGACAGAAGCGUCAAGCGAGUCGCCGUUGGCCGAGUUGCCGCUCUGUUCCUGUCUUUGCUCCUCUUGCUCGGUAUAUUCGAAAGCUGGCGGACCGGCAAGCCAAAACAAUUGGUCCUCCGCGGAAGAGAUCCCUACCAUGUCCUGGCAGAGCUCGGCGUUCCUAAUGGGCCUACUUUCGCCGAACUAGAAGCAAUAGAACUUGAAGGUUCAACCUACAACCUGCCCGCUUCCAGCGGCAAAGUUGUAGCAGAUGUGACAGCCAUCGUGCUCAACUACAACCGACCGGACAACGUCAUCCUCAUUGUCUCCCACCUCUGUAGAUUCGACUUUAUCGCGAGUAUCGUUAUCUGGAAUAACAACCCCCUCGCACCGCUCUCACACGAUUCAUUUGAUACCACGCACUGUCCCAGUCAUCUCAUCCGCAUCCAGAACGCGCCGCAAAACCUCCUCUUUCUGGCCCGUCAUCUCGCCUGCGGCCAGGCGAGCACCGAGCACUGCUUCUUCCAAGACGAUGACUGGCUCGUCUGGUCACUCGAUGCUCUUUAUGCCGUCUUCAAGCGCCACCAUAACCAGCGCCUCGUCGUCAACACUAAUGACGAGGUUGCGAUUCUCAACGAAUGGGAAUGGUGCUUCUUCAACGCAGAGCUGCAUACCUGCUUUGCCUGGCUGGGUACAGGCGCUCUGACAUCCCGCGAGAGGAGUCGUCGGUUUCUAGAUGACAUCACCCAGUCUGCCAUGCCACACGAUGAGCUGAGUCACGCAGACAACUUCUUCUCCACCUUUUUCAACGAACCGCCAUACGUCAUUCGGUCACAGCUCAUCGCGUUACCUUCCCAGCCCAAGGGCUAUAGCGACGGCUCGGGCAUCGCGCGCAACAAGGAUUACAUCCAGCGUGGUGUCCACCGUGUACAAGCUCAGCUCAGACCGCAAGCGCAGACUAUGCCCUCAUCCGACGAACCUAUCACUCACAAGCUCAAGCAUUUCAGCGAUCAUCUGUAUUCCGUACCUUCCUUACCGCUACAACCGCAUCCUUACACACAUCACACUCGGUCAGCCUGCUGGUCCGGUAGCUGUCUCUUCAUGACCAAUGUCCCUAUGCUACCGCCUCCCAAUAGCGUGACAUAUCCAUUCGGAUCGAAUCUCACGCUCGAUCAAUGGGAGCAAAGUACCGGCUGGAUUGCGCGUGGCUGGGUCGAAGGCGGCGAACCCUACGCAGAUGGCGAGCGAUGGGCACUCGAUUGGGGAUACUCUGGUGCAGUAGAUGGCGCGUGGAAGACAGCUUGGCGCAGCCCAGACGUAGUCAUUCGCAAGGGCGACUUCAUUGGGCUGGACCUCUUGCGACCAGUCAACGUGCGCGAUCAGCCACAGCUCACGCUGAAGCUGGUCAUUGAAAACCAUGAUGCCGUGCUACCUUAUCUCAAAGUUGAUAUAUCGGCAGACGGCGUCAAAUGGGCGCUUGGCAAAACCCAGAAGAGCUAUUGUCGUGCAACCCGGCAUACUUCGACAAUGCCCGAGUACUCGUUUCCGGAGACCUAUCGGCUCUCGCACGCAGCUCAACGCAUCAGGAUUGGCGACAUCAACAAGAGCAAGAAUUGGUUCGGAUGGAUAGAUGCGCGAAGACGGCGCAACAGGAAUCUCGAAGAGUGCUCAAUCCUCAUCAAUACCUCCAUGCGUGAUGGCGAGAUUGCCUCGGGCUGGCGUUUUGUACGUCUCAGGGCUUCGCAGAAUCUGCUUGUCGGCUUUGGCGUCUACUCCAUCGCUGCAAUCUAA